GGCGGCGGGGAGAUGGCGGAUGAGGCGACGCGGCGGGUGGUGGCGGAGCUGCCGCUGCUGCGGGCGGCGGCGGGGCCGCGGGACCGGGAGGGCUGGGCGGGGCGGCUGAAGGAGGAGUACCGAGCCCUGAUCCAGUACGUGGAGAACAACAAACGCGCCGACAACGACUGGUUUCGCCUAGAGUCCAACGCGGAGGGCACCCGGUGGUUCGGAAAGUGCUGGUACGUCCACGAGUUGCUCAAGUAUGAAUUUGCCAUCGAGUUCGAGAUCCCGGUAACGUACCCGGCCACCGCCCCCGAGAUCGCCAUCCCCGAGCUGGACGGGAAGACAGCCAAGAUGUACAGAGGGGGCAAGAUCUGCCUCAGUGACCACUUCAAGCCCCUGUGGGCCAGGAACGUCCCCAAAUUCGGCUUGGCUCAUCUGAUGGCGCUGGGGCUGGGCCCCUGGCUGGCCGUGGAGAUCCCUGACCUCGUCGCCAAAGGCAUCGUCCAGCACAAGGAGAAGUGAGCAGCGGGACAGGGUGACAGCGAGAGGGGGGGAGGAUGUGUUUGGGGGUGCUCCCUCUGCCUCCAUUCCUCCUCCCCAGGAGGCGUCACCCCCUCACGUGUCCCCUGUGCCCCCCUCCCUUCCUGCCGCUUCGCUGCUGCUCCCCAAUAAACUGUCCU